AUGCCAGGCGCUGGCAAGACGAUCCUCACCUCAAUCGUAAUCGAAACUCUAGAGACACUAUACUUAUUAGAUGAUAAAGAUAUUGGGAUUGCAUAUGUUUAUUGCAAUUUUCGACGACAAGACGAGCAAACGGCCAGGGAGCUUCUAGCGAGCCUUCUCAAGCAGCUUCUACAAAGUCUAUCAACAUUGCCAGAAAUUGCGAAAUCACUUUACAAUAAGCAUAACACAAAGGAUUCACGGCCGUCAUUAGAGGAAAUCUCUAACACCUUACCUUCUAUUAUCAAACUCUAUUCAAGAGUCUUUAUCUUAAUUGAUGCAAUUGAUGAGUGUCGGAAAUCAGAUGGCAGUCAAACAAGAUUCUUACAGGAGGUCUUUGAGCUGCAAAGAAAGUCCAAAUUCAACAUCUUCGCCACUUCCAGGCCGAUACCUGGCAUUGUGGAUCAAUUUAAAGAUAGCAUUUCACUGGAAAUACGUGCUACUGACGAGGAUGUUCGGAUGUUCCUCCGUAGUCAAAUGACUCAAUUGCCAGGUUUCCUUUGCCGACAGGACCUUCAAGAGGAGGUUAUAAACGAAAUAGUUCGCUCUGUAAAGGGGAUGUUCCUUUUGUCGCAACUUCAUCUUGACUCACUGCGGGGCAAAACUUCGGUCCAAGCAGUCCGCAAAGCUAUUGCCAAGUUACCAAGUGGUUCAGAUGUAUACUACCAUGCAUACGAGACGGCGAUGGAGCGCAUUCAAAGUCAAAUGUCAGACCAUCGAGACUUGGCUUUGCGGGUUCUUUCAUGGAUUACCUGCGCGAAGAGGCCGCUUACCGUGGAAGAACUUCGACAUGCCCUUGCUGUCGAGGUUAGCACGAUUGAAUUAGAUAAGGAUGCGAGGCCAGAAAUCGAUAUCAUGGUGCAGGUAUGUAUUGGACUAGUUACAAUUGAUGAAGGCGACGCCAUCAUUCGACUAGUUCAUUACACAGCGCAGGAAUACUUCGUCAAAACGCAAGCCAUCUGGUUUUCGAAGGCUGAGAGUGAUAUUACAACGACCUGCGUAACCUAUCUAAAUUUCCAACAGUUCAAGAGUGGACGUUGUCUCAAUGAGGAAGAUUUCAGCAAACGACUGCAGCUGAAUCCUCUAUUCCACUAUGCUUCAAAGAAUUGGGGUCAUCAUGCUCGAAACACUACAACUAUCUGCGAGGGUAUUCUGGACUUUCUUGAGUCAAACUCAAGUGUGCAGGCAUCAGCCCAAGCACUAUUGGCAGACGAGAUAAUUCCUCUGCUACGUAUUCCGUAUAGACACACGGGACUACACCUUGCAGCGUACUUCGGUGCUGUAGCAGUAACACGAAGCCUUCUUCGCGUGAAAAGUCCUGAUCUGGAAGACGGAAUAAAUCAAACAGCAAUAUUCCAUGCAGCUCGUAAUGGCCAUGGAGCUGUUAUGAAACUACUUCUCGAGAGCGGUGCUAAGGCAGAUUGGAGAGACUUUGAAUGGAGAACGCCGCUAUCAUUGGCAGCCCAGGGGGGGCAUGUCACUGUUGUUCAGUUGCUUCUUGAUUAUAAUGCCGAAAUCGACUGGGAGGAUAUUAGGGGACGAACGCCGUUAUCAUUGGCGGCGUAUGAGGGUCAUAAUGCCGUUGUCCAGCUACUUCUUGAUAAUAAUGCUAAAUUUGAUUCAGGGGAUGAAGAUGGGCGGACCCCAUUAUCAUUCGCAGCCGAGGAGGGACAUGCGGCUAUCGCUCAGCUACUUCUUGAGAAUGGCGCCAAUGCCAACUCGCAUGAUCAUCUGGGCCAUACUCCACUGGCAUACGCAAUUGGCGGCAAGCAUAAGGAGGUUUGCGAUCUGCUUAGCAAGCUCAAUCCAAGCCUAUCUAGUUAG